CAGUCGCCUUCAGUGAAGUGAGAUUGGAAUCUUACUGAAGAGCUGCUAUACCUCCAUUAGGCAUUCGAAUCAUCGCUUCCCCAGGGCCCGUUCUAAUAAGAGGUCAACCUGCCUCCCUAGCUAAUUGGCCUCCAAUCAUCGACCCCUCGUACUGCUGCUUGCGGCGAAUCACCCGUCUCUUCCCUAUGGCGCCCUCUUCGCGCGUUGUCAUCAUCGGCGCAGGCAUCGUCGGUACCAACUUGGCCGACGAGCUUGUCUCGCGCGGAUGGAAGAACAUCACCAUCGUGGAGCAAGGUCCAUUGCACAUGCCGGGUGGCUCAACGUCCCAUGCUCCUGGGCUUGUCUUCCAGACCAAUGGAUCCAAGACCAUGACCUUGCUCGCACGAUAUACAGUCGAAAAGCUGCUAUCUCUGGAGAAGGACGGCCAGAACUGCUUCAACCAGGUGGGCGGCCUCGAGGUCGCCACGACACCUGAGCGCUUGCAGGAGUUGAAGAGGAAGCACGGAUACGCCUCUUCCUGGGGGAUCGAGGCCCACCUUCUGAGCCCCGAAAAGUGUGCCGAGCUAUACCCUCUCCUGGAUAAAGACGUUGUACUUGGAGGCCUACACAUUCCCAGCGACGGUCUUGCACUGGCUGCCCGCGCAACGCAGCUGCUCAUCGAACGCACACGCGAGGCCGGUGUUUGCUACAUGGGCUCGACAGCUGUCACCGAUAUCGCCCGGAACGAUGGCCACGUCACCGGAGUGGUAACAACAGCAGGCACCAUUCCAGCAGACAUUGUCAUCUCUUGCGCUGGCUUUUGGGGUGUUGAGCUAGGGGCAAUGGUCGGCCUGUCGAUUCCCUUGCUCCCGCUAGCGCAUCAGUACGCGAAGACGACCGCAGUUCGGGCUCAUGAUGGUCGGGAUGUCAACACCCGGAUGAAUGGAAUGAACGCAUGCCUCCCCAUCUUGCGGCAUCAGGACCAGGAUCUCUACUACCGCGAGCACGGUGACCAAUAUGGCAUCGGGUAUUAUGGCCAUCGCCCAAUGCCCGUCGUUGCCUCAACCUUGGGUGUCACCCCAAAGCAAGUCGACGAGAAGAAUAUGCCCUCACGCCUGGAGUUUACCCCGGAGGAUUUCGGCACAGCAUGGAGGGAGUCUCAGAAGCUAUUGCCCGCUCUGCGCGAGACCGAAAUUGCUGACGGCUUCAACGGCAUCUUCUCGUUCACACCGGAUGGCGGACCACUCAUGGGGCAAGCGCCCAACCUGGACGGCUUCUAUGUUGCGGAAGCGGUAUGGGUUACGCACUCCGCGGGCGUCGCGCGAGCAAUGGCUGAAAUCCUCACUCAAGGCUGGACCAGCAUCGAUGUCACUGAGUGCGAUCUCUCCCGGUUCGAGGAGGUUCAGCUGAGCCCAUCCUACGUUAGCGAAACUUCACAGCAGAAUUUCGUAGAGGUCUACGAUAUCAUCCAUCCACUAGCGCCAAAAGAAUCUCCUCGCAAUCUCCGUAUCAGCCCGUUCAACGCUCGGCAGCGGGAGCUGGGCGCCUACUUCCUCGAGCUCGGUGGUUGGGAGCGACCGUAUUGGUAUGAAGCGAAUGAGCACCUGAUUCCGUGUCUCCCCGCAGAGUGGCGGUCGGUGGAGCGAGAUGCUUGGUCGGCCCGGUACCACUCGCCCAUCGCCGCAGUAGAGGCCUGGAAGACGCGGACCGCUGUUGCCAUGUACGAUAUGACCUCGUUCCAUCGGUUUGAAUUGGCUGGUCCUGGGGCAGUUCACUUGCUGCAGCGGCUAACAACCGGAGAUAUGACGGCGAAACCAGGCACUAUCACCUACACACUACUCCUCAACGACAAUGCUGGCAUCCGCGGCGACAUUUUCGUCGCGAGACUAGACGACGAUCUCUUCCAGAUAGGUGCGAACUCUGCGGCGGAACUGGCCUAUCUCAUCCGAGAAGCUCGGAAAGAGAUCCAACGCGUGCAAGUGCGGGACAUUACUGGCAGCACAUGCUGCAUCGGGCUGUGGGGUCCACGCGCCCGCGAUGUCAUCGGUGCUGUUAGUCCGGAAGACUUCAGCAACAAAGCGUUUCCUUAUUCCAGCGUCAAGAGAACGAGUGUGGCCGGCAUCCCAGUCGUAAUGCACCGCCGCUCCUAUGUUGGCGAGCUAGGCUGGGAGGUGCAAGCCAGCCCUGAGUACGGUCAGCGGCUAUGGGACGCGCUCUGGCAGGCAGGCCAACCCCAUGGACUCAUCGCCGCCGGCCGCGCUGCGUUCAACGCUCUACGGAUAGAGAAGGGCUAUCGGACGUACGGAGCCGACAUGACGACCGAGCACAAUCCAUACGAAGCCGGAAUCGAGUUCGCCAUCGAGAACAAGAAGGACGACUUUGUUGGCAAGGCAGCGCUUAGCAGGUGUUCCCAGACGCGUACUCGACGGCUGCGCUGCCUCACCGUGGAUGAUGGUCGCUCCGUUGUCCUGGGUAAGGAGCCCGUCUUCUACCAAGGCCAGCCGGUCGGCUAUGUCGCCACCGCCGCGUUCGGCUACACCGUUCGUAAGCCCAUUGCCUACGCAUGGCUACCCAGCAGCGUGAGAGAGGGCAACGCGGUCGACAUCGAGUAUUUCGGACAGCGAAUCCGGGCGACUGUCACGUCUGAGCCACUAUACGACCCGCAGAUGAGCCGUAUGCUAGACGAUAGCCCGUCUAGUACCCCUGUUCUUCAGGAGCGCUUGAAAGCUCUCUUGUAACAUCUCCUUGCCGGAGCUUCGAGGCACUCUGAUAUUUCGGACGGGGAUUUGGCCGAGUUUCGGCCGUGUUCAGCGCUAGAGGACCACGAGGGGCAUCAGCGGAAUGAGGAGGUCGCUGGCGUGCUGUAUAGGUGUUAGCGUGAGAUCAAAAUAUUAAUGGGGAGAAAUGACAUUAUAUGUUCGCAUUUGCAAAGAGGCGUACGGGUGAAUGGUGGUAGUGCGGGUUUGGACCAGAGGAGAGUCGAUAAGCCUUCUUGUUUUCACGUGAACUAAUGCCGUGUCGAUGCGGGUAUUCAAACCCAUGCCGAAUCCGAAGUCUUCUCGCACUUGUUCAAGUGAGAAGCAAGCCCAGCAAACCGCCAUCCACAAGACCUGGAAAACUAAAACAAGCGAAUAAAAAGUUG